CAGCUUCGAUAAGAUGUACAAGGCUCCGGUUGCAAAAAGUGCCUUCACCAACACCUCGAUAUUUCGACAUCUCGACAUCUCGACAUCUCGACAUCUCGACAUUUUCCAUUUCGUCAUUCCACAGAACGGGUUUAAAAGAGACACGGUAGGCGCACCCCCAGGUACCUAUCAAUUCUUCUUUUUUUUUUUAGUUUUUUGUUGUUAUUUAUUUUCUUUUCUAGCCCAGGUACACGACCCACUCUCCCAGGAGAAACCGCCGGGGCAAGUCACCGGACUGGGGUAGUCUUGCUCUUGGAGAGAUUCCUAAACCGCCCGGGCUCCCCACUUACCCCAUACUUUAUCAAAUAUAUAUAUCAAAUCAUUGCGGUGCUCACACUACGAGGAAAGAGAAUUGAAGUUAACGGAUUGGUGAAAUGACGAAGAAGCUAUCAGCAUUGGAAAAGAAGAAUAGAAAGCCGGCCUCAAGAGCAUGUGUAUUCUGCCAUUCCAAGCAUUUACAAUGUUCUAAUGAAAGACCGUGUAAAAAUUGUAUAAAGAGAAAUUUAGGCCAUGAAUGUCGAGAUGUUAUAAGAAAGAAGGCCAAAUAUUUGAAAAAAAAUGAAGGAGCCAAAGUUAAAACAGAAGAAGGAGAAGAAGAAGAAGAGGAAGAAGAAGAACGAAGUGAAGAAAAUGAAAUUAAAGAGGUUAAAGAUACUGAUUCAACUGAAUCAAUAAGUAAUUUUAAUUCAAAUUAUUUAAAUCAGGAAUAUUUAAUGUUGGGAGAUAUAUUAAUUAACUCCAAACCAUCCAGUCCAACACCAUCUAGUACCACGAUAUCACCAUCUAAUAUCUAUAUCAACCAAUUAAAUGAAUCCAGACCAUUUAUCCUGUUGGGGAAUAGUAAUCAAUUUUACCAAUUUAAACAAAAUGAAAGUAAUGACUAUAUAUCACCAUUAAUAAGUCAUCAUUUAUACCAAACGGUUCAAGAUAUAUAUUCAAAUAAUAUCAUAAAUUUUGAUUACCCACAAUCAUAUCAUCUGUUAACAAAAUUUCUCAAAACAAGAUUUAGUGGGAAUGAAUUAACAAAUCAAGAAAAAAUUAAUAAACGGAAAAAAUUACUAAUAAUUCUUCGAUUAAUUGCUAGUUAUAGACCAACGUUUAUUUCUGCUCAUAAAUCAUUAUUAAAACCAUUUGAUUUACAAUUUUUGGAAAUGUCUUUUCAAAGAUCGCUAAUUGAUUAUGAAAAUUUAUCAAAAUUAAAUAGCAGUCCAACAAUUAUUUGGAGAAGAACUGGAGAAAUUGUUUCAAUUUCAAAUGACCUCAUCAAUUUAUUAGGCUUUAAUCUAAGUCACAUCCUUUCCAAAAGAACUUUUAUCAUGGAAUUAAUGUAUGAUGAUGAAUCAAUUGUUAACUAUUUCAAAUUAUUUAAAUCGGUCGCGGUGGGGAACUUACAUCUGAGUAUCAAAACAAAUUGUAAAUUAAUAAAUUUUAAUAAUAGUGAUAAUAAAAUUUUAAAUGACUUUAUUGAAUUUUGCUCAGUUUGGACCGUUAAAAGAGACCUAUUCGAUUUACCAAUGCUAAUUGUGGGUCAAUUCUUACCUAUUUUACCGGCUGGUGAAGGUGUAAGAAUGUAUUGAAAAGUCACUCCACUUUCGCACCCUCACCUUAUUUUGCAACAAUCUCCCCAUCUUUCAUCUCUCUCCUCAAAGCGAUAUAAAUACCUGAUACCAGGUAUUUUUUAUUUAUUAUUUAUUCAUUCUCGACUAAACCCUAUUAUAUUCACUAAAUUAUCUUCACUAAAUUAUAUUCACUAAAUUAUCUUCACUAAAUUAUAUUCACUAAAUUAUAUUAAAUGACUCCAAGACAAGUUGUUCUCGCUGGUGCUACCGCUUAUGGGGUGUUUAGCUACU